AUAGAUAAUGCAAGGUUGAGGUCUGGGGGCACCCAACGAAGCAACGCAUCUUUGAACAAAGUUGAUCCUUGGUUCGACAACGAUUCUGUGGAACUAAUCAACUACAAUCCUGGUGACGUUGAUGGAACUCGCAUCCUGGUUCCUAAUGUUGAAGUAUAUAGGCCGACCAUGAAUAGUUUUAUUUACUUCUCGAACGAGAAUUUUGCAGCCAAGGUAAAUGUGAACACAUUGAAUCGGGAAGGAGUGGCCCCAAUUCAUCGAGCUGUUCGCAUUAAUGAUGUUGGGGCAUUAGCCUCUUUAUUAGAAAGCGGCGCAGAUAUCAAUCUUGCUGACAGAACUGGAUCGACGCCUCUUAUCACUGCUGCAAGGUAUACACAAGUCAGUUCAUCAGUCGUACAUUUUAAUAACUCCACAUAGAGAGAUUCUCAAUCUAGAUAGCGCGGAAUAUUCUUUCUCUUUCUUCUCCUUUGAUUUAAAUCUUAGCCUUUUUUACACUAAUAACCGAAUAGGAGAAAAGUGAAAACAAAGGCAAUCCUUUAUUACAUUUCAUGUUGCAAUUUAAUACGUUUUAUAAGAGGAUAAUUGUGCAGUCCCACUCGUUUUAUAAGUAAAGAUUGAUCCAAAUUUAAGCGACAUAAGUUUUGCUCAACAAGCAAACAGGCACCUUGGCUUCGUGAAUCGAACAAUGCUGGAAAUAAAUAUGUUGAAUUUAAAGUAGAACUUUGUAUCGUUGUUUCGUUUGCAGAUUUAACAGAUCAGAGGUGGUUAAGUUUCUUCUUGAAAGAGGAGCUAAUCCUCUUAUAGGAAAUGAGUCUUUUCCGAUUUCACCACUUCACGAAGCUGCCAGAAGGGGUUUCACGGAGAUUUGUAUUCUACUGCUGAAUGAUUCCAGAAUAAAAGCUACCACUAUAAACUACGGACAUGUUUCGCCUUUGCACAUGGCCUGCUUUGGCGGAGAUCGAGCCACAUGUGAACUGAUCUUAAAACAUGGUGCCGAUGUUACCUACAUUUCGAAGGUAACUAAAAAUACUCCACUUCAUUUUGCGGCUUGGAAUGGGGAUGAAUAUAAUUGCAAGCUUCUUAUCAACGCAGGUAAUUGUUCGUUCUCCCUGACGUACAUGAACCAUUUGUUAUGGUUCGUGUUGGUUUCGAGGACUCGUUUAAAACAAGAGAAUCACACGAUACUAUUUUCAGUAUUGGCAAGUCAACUUGUACGAGGGAAUACUUCACGGACAUGUUUUUCAAAGUGUGCGCCGCUAUAAGGUAGCUCAUAGGGUUAUAGGUCUGAAAUGCGGUACUGAGAUCACAGCGAAUAUAGAGUACUGAGAAUUGUAUCGCUAAAUGAUUGGAAAGCUGUUUCCGAAACGACUUCUCUUCUGGAUCUCUUUUGCGAAUAGUGUGUUCAGUAAUCGAUAUAUUUGGAACGGGUGGUGUUUAUAUAUCGUCCAGGAGAAUUUGAAGUGUACCCAAAUGCUAUCUAUAAUAGCAACUUAGGAUUGUCAGAGACUUUGUGAAAUGCGCUACACACCAAAAUUCAACAUAACCCCAUGAGAAAUAUCAUGACUUUAUAGUAUUAUUUCUUCGAGAAAUACCUAGUCGGUUAUCAUGAAAAAGUUUCUUGCUAUACGAAACGUAGAGUAUUAAUUAACUUAGGUUUAAAAUAGAAAUUGUCAAUUGUUUCUUUUUUGUUUGUUUGUUUUGUAAAAGCUUCCAAGACGCUCUCCUCUGUAAGCGAAUAUAUCAAUACAAGAAACAAAGAAGGAUCAACAGCCUUUCAUGUUGCGUGCAUGAGAGGAAAUGUGAAUGUAGCUGAACUUUUUUUGCGUCACGGAGCGGAUCAUGAUUCGCAUAAUUGGUCGGAGAACAUGUCCCCACUUCAUCAUGCAGCCAAAUGCGGCUUUGUGGAGUUGGUUGAACUCCUCAUCUUGUACGGAGUAGUCGUCGUUGAUGCAAGGGAUAGUAAUAUAAGGACACCAUUGCACAGGUAGCUAAUUUGGGAUAUUUGUGGAAAGUUUCUAAUACUUUUUCUUUACCCUGCAUGGAUUACCAGUUUCAUGCAACAGAGUGUAAAUUUAAGAUUGAGGGUAGUCGACAAAGCACGAAGUCUAAUCACAGCAUGACUGUGUAAGUUAAAUGCCUUCUGGCCUGAGAGUCAAUCUGAAUGGGAACAUGGAAACGAAUGUUCACAUAUAGAAUGGAUUGAUUUUGAGUUUACAGCAUUUGCCUUUUCGUCUCCAGUUACUAUUGAGGAGAAUUUUGUAUUUAGGACCAAGAGAAAAUAAGGUGAUUUUCUGUUGAUAGGACAGAAUUGCAUAAUAUUCUGUGAAAAUCAUCUCUGACAUUGCAUAGUAAAGAAUAAAAAACAUUGUUUAAUCCUUUUUUGAGUAAGUCUUUUUUUGAUUCUUUACUUCUUCUUCCUCUUUUCAAAUUGCCAAUAAUUCGGUUGAGCGUCUCUUCAACAAUUUUCUUUCUGGCUGCGGAGCUCAUUUAUGAUAACUUCGGUGUACUAUCAACCACAAUUUUUAAUGAUUAACACAUUUUUCUUGUUUUUUGAUGAAAAUUUAGUGCUGCAACAUUUAAUCACGUUCGAAUAGUCGAGCUACUUGUGGAGAAUGGAGCAGAUCUAGAGACCAAAGACCAGUUAUCGAUGACGCCUCUGCUGUUGGCAGUGAGCCAUGGAGCAUGCCACUCUGUGAAAGCUUUGUUGGACUGCGGAGCGGAUAUAACCGCAGUGGACUCUUCAUUGAAUAGUUGCCUUCAUUUGGCAGUAAUCUUCAAUAAGCCGGAAAUGGUGAAGCUAUUAUUAGAAAGGGACGGAGACAAAUUGAUAAGAUGCAGGGAAAAAGACUUGAAGACGGUGUUUCAUUUGGCAGCUGUUCUGAAAGAUCCAAAGGUACUUACCGUAACAUGGCAGCUUUCCCAACGAAACGGCGAUGUCAGCCACUCAGGGGUUAUAUGGUCUUUCCUAACCAAUUUCCACUAUAGCAAUAGCAUUGUACCCCAAAGAAACCUGAAAGCGGAGACGACCGAGUCCCGCAUUCUGGCAAAUUAAAAGAAACGAACAACUUAUACUUUGCCCUCCAGGAACUAACUGAAUAAAUUUACAAACUUUUUCUUUGUCUCUUUAGAUUCUGGAAAUUCUCGUUCAAAGGGCGCCGAAAACGGAGGAAUAUUUUUGCCUGCGGGAUGCACACGAGAAAUUGCCUAUUCACGAUGCCGCUGCAAGUGGAUCCCUUAAUUGCUUGCGGGUUCUCACUCUUUGCCCUUUUCUUGUAAAUGAGAGAGACAGGGAAGGAAGUUCGCCUCUUCAUUUAGCUGCCAGCAACAAGCACACGUGGGUACCCCUUAUGAUGUUUUGUUUAAAAAAUACUCCAACGUGCUCACUCACGCAAAGCGUAUUACGACAUUAAGUGCAUUUGAGACUUUGCCUAGACUCGUAUGUUGCGCUAUAGUGCUGUUCACUCGGACCAAUCAGAUUUAGACUUUUUUUAAGAUGGCUACUUUAUAAACGCAAUCUGCUAUUUCAGUUUUUCUAGCAAAACUCUCUAAGGCUUUCGCUGUGACCAAGGCUUUGUCACAAAUCUUGAAAAUACACUUGAUGUACAUGUGCAGCAUCCAAACAUAUUUUGUUUCCUUAAUUCUUCAUGUAUAAUUUUCAGCGAGGCAUGUGAGCUAUUGAUCCUGAAAGGAGCUGAAGUAACUUCCAGUGAUACACACGGUCGCACGGCUCUUCAUUUGGCAGUCAAGGCUGGUUCUUUAAAAACAGUCAAGAUUGUACUUAAUUACCUUUUGUUAAGCACGCUCGAGGAAAAAGACGAAGAUGGGAACACUCCUCUUCACAUAGCCUGCAGGUACAAUCGCCUUGAUAUUCUCCACUUCUUUUUGGACCAAGGAGCUGACGUCACGGCUCUAAAUAACAGAAAAAUGACUUGCCUUGAUGCUGCUAUUGAAUGGGAAGCCAAAGAUGUGACCAUGACACUGAUGAAACACGAAAGGUACAUUUUUAGGUCUUGAAAUCAGCUGGGGAGAAGAGGAGUUGAUGUUCUUGUUCUAUUUAGGUGUAUAUACAUAGCUUCACUUAAGGGAAAAUUGUCUUCAGCCACCUAAAGGAUUGUUCGGGGCAAGGAGGAAGUGCACGACACACAUUGUUGGCUUGGUUUGCUUCGAGGUUUGACUUGAACAUAUUUUCCUGUGAUAUUUGUUCGUCCCUCCAUUUCACCUGAGCAGCAGCUAGCGCUGUGAACUUUCGCUCAUAGCCAAUUUAUUCUUAUGAGUGUGUUACCGGCAUUACAGUGAAAAAGAAAUUUUUAAUAGGAUAAGGAAGCUUCUAAUGAGUGAAAAAGAAAAUAGUGGAGAUAACAUGAAUUCCACCAGGAAAAAGGUAACAAAUAGAUUGCAUGUUUCCGUGCGUUUGUCCAAUAAUAGAUCACAGAUGACGCCAAUAUGUGGUAAGAACAAAAACGUGGCGUAAGAUGCGCAGCUCAGUGUGUAACCGAUGUUCUUACCAUAAUUUGAUGUCGUCUGAGAUCUAUUAUUGGACAAACGCACAGCAACAUUGAAUCUACUUGUUUUACGCCAUAAAAAGCGAAAUAUAGUUAAUGGUGACGAAAUCUAACCAUGCGUCUGUCCUCCAAUAGGUCAUAGGCAACAACCAAUUGAAAUGCAUGUAUGAUUUAUCUUAUCAUAUAAUGACCAUUAAGAACCAAUGCUAUUCCUUGAUUACUUAGUUGUUAAACGUUGAAAUUGCAUAAUGUUUUAAUAGCUAUUGAAUUGUUAUAAAUUUUUAGGUGGGAAGAGAUGCUUCAAUGCUCACCAUGUGUUGGUGUUCAGCCGAUGAGAAAACUGAUCGAAAAACUUCCAGAUGUGGCAGAAGUUGUUCUUGAUAAGUGCAUUACCUACAGUCCACACCCUCCGUCUCACGAAGAAUUCUCUGUUACAUUUAACCUGGUUCAUUUGGAUCCUGAGCCUGAUUGUCACAGUUACUUCGGGCCAGCGUGCAUGGCAAAAGAUCGACGAGAAAAAUUGCUCAAUCACAGUGUCACUCAAGCGUUGUUGAGAUGGAAAUGGCUAAUUUUGGGAAAGUGUGUCACCUUGAUUAACUGUGUUGUAAUGGCCGCUUUUGUCAUCCUGUUCUCGUAUCUCUUUGUCGAAGAGAGGAACAAAUUCAAUUUUUCAUUGACCUCUUCUGAGAAAGCAGCCAACGGAGAUGUUAAAAUCAAUUCGUCGUUUGAGCUGACCGUGGCUUAUGUUAUACUAGCGUUUUUGAUCGUGCAGCUCAUCAAGGAAGUUAUUCAAAUCAUUUGGCAGCGUUUUUCUUACUUUAGGGAUAUCACAAACUUGUCAGAGUUAGUAAUGUACGUAUUAGUCUGGAUUUUUAUACUUCCUCAUAUGACUGAGAGAAUUAUAUACAGCACACAGACUCAAUGGAUAGCAGGUAUACUCGGUCUUCUACUAAGCUACAUCAAUUUUACAUUAUCUCUUCGUCGCUUUGGUGGACUUGGUUUGUACGUCACAAUGUACGUGGAAGUUCUUUAUACAUUUCUGAAAGUGAUGUCCACAUUUAUGAUUGCCCUGAUUGGAUUCACCUUGGUAUUUUAUGCCUUGUUGAAAGAACAGGUAGGAACAGUUUCCCAGAUAUUACGGAACUUUUCGUAUUCAUUUCCGUAAAAACUAGUGAUGUUUCGAAAAAGACGUGUUCGGAUCAAUUCGGGGCAUUAGUUUGUGACUGGAACUGAAUUUACAUUUAUGAUUGCCCUGAUUGGAUUCACCUUGGUAUUUUAUGCCUUGUUGAAAGAACAGGUGGGAACGGUUUCCCAGAUAUUACGGAACUUUUCGUAUUCAUUUCUAAAAAGACGUGUUCGGAUCAAUUCGGGGCAUUAGUUUGUGACUGGAACUGAAAUGUGAACUUCUAUGUGAAUGUUAAGUGCAUGAAGAUCCAUCGGUAUAAAAUAGCAGAAUCGUUCGCGAUACAGUAUAAUUUUCUGGUGUUUCAAAUUUUAUAUCAUUUUUAUAGCUGACAAAAAUUGCUUGCUUAUAAAUAUAAAGAGUACUUCUUAUGAAUGGAAUUGCAUGCCUUAUAGGUUUUGGGUUUAUUUCUCUCUUAGGGUAAUUUCUCAUCUUUCUGGUACGCUUUUGCAAAGAUCCACGUCACAAUGGUUGGUGAGUUAGACUACUCAAAUAUGUUGGUUAACAAAGCUGUGGACAACGAGGCAGUGCCUGGAACAAACAUUCCAUAUGUUCCUUUGCCAACACUUACCUUCUGUCUGUUCUUAGCGUUCAUAUUAUUAGGUAGUGUUGUGCUCGUCAACUUGCUGGUAUGUAAGAUAUCAAUUCCCUAUGUCACUAUAUUACAGGCCACCAGUUGCUUGACAUACAUCAAAAAACGAUCUUUAGUUGUAUGGCGAGCUGAGCAGAGUAUCGUUAGUCAUUGAUAAGACGUGGUUUUCUCUACCUGGAGAAAGAUAUAUUUGCGGUUCUUGUUGAUACAUUCUAGAAUUCGAUGUCUCUAUAGUAGUGGAAGUUGAAGUUGGAGUAGCAGUUAGGGUUAGUAAAUGUUGUAAGAGUAAGGCAGUGGUACAUUAAAGAAGUAGCUAUUGUGAUCCAAGACUCCUGGUACCCUUCGUUCAGCGAGUUUGUUCAAGCUGUAGUCUCCUAACGUUCCAAUGAGGAGGUGAACCCGGGCACCGGGCAUGGUUGCUACGUCGAUCGGGCAGUUGCUGUUAUUAUCAUCCAUAAGUUAACGAAAGUUGUGUUCCAUAAUCAUAGGUUGGUUUAGCAGUUGGAGAUAUUGAGUCUAUUCAGAGGACAGCUAGUUUACGAGCCUUGAUUGACCAAGUGUUUUUAGUUGACGACAUCGUUAAAUCCUAUCCAAGGUGGAUUUUACGAAAGAUCUACAGAAGCUCGUUGAGAAUAAAACCAAAUCAAAACAGUUUCAUGAAGUGGUAAGUAUUAUUAUUCGAUACGUAACUUUUCUUUUUUUUUUAUUUUCACGUCAGUGGCCACUUUAUUCGUGAGCUUUCAUCUACGUCUCAGUCUCUAAUUCUUCUAUAUCCGGUGUUUGUUCCUUGAUUAAUUUUAUGUAUCACUCUGAGAGAUUAUCCCUGUUAAUCAACUGCCUUCCGAAUGAGUUGUCAUGCAGUCACGCCCAAACUUUAGGCUAAUGGGACCUAAUGAAUUAUAAGUCGCAGAAUACAAAAGCGGGCAAUAAUUGUACUGAGGGUUCAACUAAGGGUUCUCAAAGCUUAGUUGAUGCCAAAGAGAGACUAAGAAGUUCUAUUUUUCAUACAUAGCAGUUGUAUUAUUAUUUUACUCGAACUCUCAUUUACAUUUUAGGGUCACACUAUCUGCUACCGAUAUCACAGGAAGUGAUUUUGUAGAAAUGCUGCUGAACGGCGCAUCCAGCGGGAACUCUAGUGAUAGUUGUCGACAGGCACAGUUGCAAGAGGAAAUACACGAGGAAAGGAUGCAAAAACUCCAGGCCACUGUGGAAGCACAAAGCAAACUCCUUGAGGCAAUGGCUGAAAGGUUGAAUAUAAAGGAUUAUGAAUAA